AUGAAAACUAAAAAGUUAAAUUGCUUUGAUGUUGAACUUUCUGAUAAUGCUCUAUUUGAUUGUGAACAAUUAAUAAAAUCAAAAUCUAAGUAGAAGUCUAAUACUAAUUCUGAACUAACACCUUUAGAAGCUCAAUAUUAAGAAAUCAAAAAGGACUAUCAAUAAGAUCUCGUAUUAUUAUAAAGAGGCAGUUUUUUUUUGGCUUAUUCAGAGGAUGCUCACUUUAUUAGAAGGUACAUUGAUUUACAAUGGAAAAUUCCAAAUUAUUUGAUAGGAUUAAAUGAAGCAUCUGUAAUAGAACAUGUUCAUACCUUAAUUAUGUAAACCGAUAGAAAAAUAGUUUUUUGUGAAUAAUCUUUAUUUCAAAUGACAUAAAACCAACUAAGAGAUCGUUUUAUAACUGGAAUCUAUAGCAAGGGGCUUUUGGGUUUUGGGAUAUUGGGAGAGAAUAUAUAAAAUAUUGAAUCUAACUAUUUGGUUUCCCUCUAUAAGAAUGAAGCCAUAGUGCUAGAUACUAUCAGCAAAGUAGCCUAUAAAACAAGCGAUGAGAAUUUACCUUUUAUAAAGAUUACUGAAAUAAUAACAAAUGAAAAAAUAAAGACCUUAGCCAUAAAAAACGCAGCUAAAGGUGAUAGUGCUUUUGAAUAGUUAGAAAUAUUCUUUAAAGACAGGUUUAUUAAUGGAAUAUCAUAGAUCACAUUUAUUGAUAAUUCUCCAUUGUUUUCAAAAUUCUGUUUAAUAUCUGAUAAUGCAAUAAAAUAGUUAUUCUUCAAACCCUUGAUUUAACCAGUAACUAAGGAGGGUUAAAGAAAAUUAUAAAUGACGUUAAGAAAAAUUCCAAUUGAUGGUAUAAUGGACAGAUAAUAGGCAUUAUAGGAUAUGAGAAAUCACUUAGUUUUCAGAGACAGCUUUUUAGCUGAAAUAAAAAGAGUUGGAUCUUUGCAACAUUAAAUGGCUAGAGUGUUUAAUGCACCAAAAGAUAGUUCAAUAUUGAAAUAAUUCCUAAACAAUAUAAAAUAUAUUCUGGUGUAAUUGAAACAGAAGAUCUAUAUUAACAAAUAAAAUUAUCAAAGUGACCAACUCAGAAAUCUUAAAGAACUUAAUGAUAAUAUUUUGUAAAAGAUUUCAUAAGAGUUUGUGUGGGAAGGUGAAAAUCUUGAUGUUUUAGUACCACAAAAUUAAGAAAGAACUUAGUAUAAUUAGAUACUAGAAAGCUUAGAAAAAGUAGAGGAUGAGGCUAAUGAUGAAUACUUAAGGAUAAAGAGUCAAUUUUAUGAGAAUGACCCUAAAGUUACAUAUUAAACAUUUGAAAUAGAAAUGCCUGAAGAAUAUAAGACACCUUAAUGGAUGUUAUUUUCAAAUAAAAGAAAGGGCUAUAGAAGAUACACCACCCAAUUCCUUUAAAAGUAAUAAUAAUAACACAUAAAACUUUUGGAUUAAUUAAAAAUAUUUAUUCAAUUAUUCUAUUAAUAAGUAAUUGGGAAGAUUUUGGAACAUAAAGAAUAUUUUUAAGAGAUAAUCAAUUAAAUUAGUGAUCUGGAUGUCUUAAUAGCAAUGUCAAAAUAUUUAGAAAAUGAUUAACACAAGUGUCUCCCCUCUUUGUCAACUUAACACUAAUUAGUGUUAAGAGAUUUCUGCCAUCCUUUAAUCUAAAAUUGUAUACCAAAUAGUCUCAUUAUAGAAAAAUGUAUCAUCCUAACUGGAUAUAAUGGGGCAGGAAAAUCAACAAUUCUCAGAUCAGUUGGUCUGCUAGUGAUAUUGGCUAUGUUGGGGUGUUACGUUCCAUGUUAAUAGAUGGUGUUUAAGACAUUUAAUGAAAUACAUUGUAGAAUGGGUGCAUAUGAUACAAUAAGGGAAAGUACAUUUUAUGUGGAAAUGCAAGAGGUUCGAAGAAUGAUCGAUACUCAAAAUAGCUUACUGUUGAUUGAUGAAUUGGGAAGAGGAACAUGUUCGAUUGAUGGUCAUGCUUUAGCUUAUUCGAUUUUAAAAUAUCUACUCAAACAAAAUAGCACAAUAUUAUUCACUACUCAUUUUGAUAUUACUUUAGAUUAAGUGGUGUAUUACAUGGAGGAUUAUUAGUUAUAAAGAGGGUAGGUGAUUAAAGAACUGACAUCCAAAAUAUUGAUAUGA